UGUCCUGUACGGUGACUGCCUUCAUGUGCGAUGCCAUUCGCCUGUCGCGUACCGUGAACGGGCUGCGCGCCAUGGGCGCUGACUAUCCGGGUGUGGGCGGAUUGGAUCUGGGCCUUCGCUGUUUCGGGAUCUACGGUAUGACCUUAGCGUAUCCACGGCGCAGAUGAUUGAAAAUCUUGACUCAACCACGAUAACGGACUACCCGAGCUGUCUCAGUUUGAUGUUGACGUGACCAGAUAGUCUAUACCCUUUGAUUUGAAAAACAAGAAGUCCAGUUUUUGCAUAAGAAUAUGGGAGCACCUUGUACUUGAGGGUGACCGCGCAUCGAUCUUUUUGGUUUUGUUUUGCAAUUUUGAUCCUGAAGGAGCCCUGUUUUUCAAGGGGGUCAGGAUCCGCAGCUGCAGCAAUAUACUAAGCAUGGCUGUUGAUGCGGUAUGUAGUUACAUACCGAGCUAGAUGAUCUUGAUCCAGGGUAGGCUAGCAGCAGCUUAUCAAGACAACAUCCCCAUAUUUUUAUCGGGUCAUCCGUAAUCAGUAAUGUUGAUUCAGGAUUUUGCUCCCAUACCUGCGGGGUUAUUGGUGGCUACUGUUCCCAGGGCCGCGGGAAAGGGCCCAACACCGGCGCCGACUAUGUAUGAAUCUUUAGGGACGGCGACGAGCUAACAAGGGGGAAAACAAAAAGUCGCGAAAUCAUGUAAAAGUCACAAAAUCAUGUAUGACUCCUGUGCGCAACCGAAGAUGGCGCUCCAUUCAAUGCACAAAUAGGAAGAGCCGCAGAUAUGCAAACAAUUUGAGACCUAUUUCCUUUGGAAAAUUAACUUUUGUUCAUUCAGUUUUGCAAUGUUGCUAAGGUGGCGAGGGCGUCAUAUUCAUCUGGAGAAAAUACAGUGCUCAUUGAGUAAGAGAUGAGUAGUAGGUGGACGUGCCUAUUUUAGCCAACUGCAAUUCAACUUCAACUGCAUCUGCAACAGCAGCAUCGAAAAUGCUAAAGCAAUUUACAAUUUUGUAAACCAUUAUACGUGAAGAAGAAUGUAUCAGUAACUUCGCUCUGGUAGGUUCAGAUUUAUUUUUGAUGUACGGCCACGGUGAAAUGCAUCAUUGUAGAUCGCGAAACACGUCAUCAGCAGGGACGACACUAUGAAAAACCAUGAUUCAGGCAGUGUCCUUCCCUUGUGCUUGAACAAAAAGAAGAACCUAUACAAUCAUGAUACUUUCUUCAUCCACAAGAGUUAGAAAAGUAGAACACUUUGGCUUUCGGAGCCGAGCCUACAUUUUUUAGCAGCCACACGACAUGCUGGACUUCAACUUCGUUGUUCCCAACCGAGCAAACUGAAUGAUGUCUUCGAGAGGCAAAAGCAAGAACC